AAUGGCGAUGGAAACGGUGGAAAUGGAAACGGUGGAAAUGGCAAUGGCAAUGGAAACGGUGGAAAUGGAAACGGAAACGGAAACGGUGGAAAUGGCAAUGGCGAUGGAAACGGUGGAAAUGGCAACGGAAACGGUGCCGCACCCUUUUCUAAGGCAAAUGGAAGCGAUAAAACACCUGCCGCUAAAAAUAACAACAAUGUUCCAACAAAUGAGCCAGAGGCAACCGGAAAAGAUGAAGACAAAGUAAGAAAUGAAGAGACCAAAGGUUCAUUCGGCCAUUCAUACGGUGGAUAUCCAUCUAAAGCAUACGCUAGUGAAUGUGGAAGUGUGCUUUUCUGUGAAUCAAGUAAGCCUAGAUCUUACGAGUCGCCAUGUAUCACGUCUUAUCCCGCAUCGCAGUGUUAUGAGAGUAGCAGCAGUUGCUAUCCGACCAAAGAGCCGGUCUGUCCGCCAUCUUAUCCCGCAUCGCAGUGUUAUGAGAGUAGCAGCAGUUGCUAUCCGACCAAAGAGCCGGUCUGUCCGCCAUCUUAUCCCGCAUCGCAGUGUUAUGAGAGUAGCAGCAGUUGCUAUCCGACCAAAGAGCCGGUCUGUCCGCCAUCUUAUCCCGCAUCAUCAUGCUAUGAUGGUAACAGCAACUGGCAUGCAGCUAAAGAAUCUUCGUGCUCACCUCUUUAUCCCGCAUCGCAGUGCUAUGAUGGUAACAGCAACUGGAAUGGCGCUAAAGACAGUUCAUCGUGUGGCUCAUCAUCAUUCUGUGCAAGCGAUUGCUUCUCAUCGUGCAGGCCCGGAUAUUCAAGUUACCGCCCAUCAUACAGGAAAAGAGGCAGAAAGAGUGCUUGUCAAGGAUUUUCAUCCUGCAUGUCGUAG